ACGAAGCCCAGUUAUAUAUAAAGGGCGAAGACUUGAAACUAAUUGAAACUGUUUCCAGCAAGUCAACACUGGAGGUAUCUGACUGGACAGUCGGUACUGAAGGAGUGCGAUCACAUCUGGCACAGGCACACUACGUUGCUUCCAUUUCCAAGGGCUCUCUGUGCUCUGGCCUCUUAAACUGUGGCAUGUGCCCAGGAUUAGAAUGAACGUAACAGAUUAAACACACAGUUUCCGUCCAGCAAAGCACCGUGUGCGCUGGCAUGCCCAGGGACAGGGUCAACCCCACAGACGGAACUAACGGCAAUAGCAGGUGCUAAGUGGAAGAUGCCAACACUGAUUUAGACCACCUCUUUCACUGGACAUUGGGACUUCGGCUGGAAUACACAGUUGUCUUCGCAGAUUAACAGAUAUUUUUCUCCAUCAUGUUCAAAUACCUCCGCAGAAGAUUCACCAGAAACCGAGCAGGACACAACCGACGGAGAGCUCGUCUGGUUUCCAAAGAUGGGAGGUGUAAUAUCGAAUUUGGAAAUGUUCGGGAACAUUCAAAGAUUGGCUUCCUUGUGGAUAUUUGGACAACUGUCCUUGACCUCAAGUGGAGAUACCAGAUGGCUAUCUUUAUCUCAGCAUUUCUGGGAAGUUGGUUUCUCUUUGGUUUGCUGUGGUACGCUGUUGCUUACAUGCAUAGGGAUCUGCCUGAAUUUUCACCUUCCCAUAGCCACAUACCUUGUGUGCAGAACAUCAAUGGAUUGACUAGUGCCUUUCUCUUCUCACUUGAGACUCAGGUCACUAUUGGUUAUGGCUUCAGAUGUGUGACAGAACAGUGUGGUGAGGCUAUCUUCCUCCUGGUGACUCAGUCUAUCCUUGGUGUUAUCAUUAACUCUUUCAUGUGCGGAGCCAUUCUGGCCAAGAUUUCCAGGCCAAAGAAACGAGCAAAAACCAUUACCUUCAGCAAGAGCGCGGUGAUCAGCAAACGUGGGGGCAAACUCUGUCUCCUCAUCCGUGUGGCCAACCUCAGGAAAAGCCUUCUGAUUGGCAGCCAUAUUUAUGGCAAACUUUUGAAAACCACGGUGACACUAGAGGGGGAAACCAUCAUAAUGGACCAGGUCAACAUAGAUUUUGUUGUUGACGCCGGGAAUGAGAAUCUAUUCUUCAUAUCCCCUCUGACAAUCUACCACAUCAUUGACAAAACCAGUCCUUUUUACGAGAUGUCAGCUGAGACCAUCAAGCAGCAAGACUUCGAGUUGGUGGUCUUCCUGGAUGGCACAAUCGAAGCCACCAGUGCCACCUGCCAAGUACGCACCUCGUACAUCCCAGAGGAAGUGUUCUGGGGCUACCGCUUCGCACCCAUCGUCUCCAAAUCUAAGGAAGGGAAAUAUAGAGUAGAUUUCUCCAACUUUGGUAAAACAGUGCAGGUGGACACCCCACACUGUGCACACUGCCAUCAGACUGAGAAGGAGGCUAAGAUCAAUAGUAAGAAGGCUUAUGACAACCUGAUGGCCCAAGUCAAUGAAGUAAAUGAGACCAAAAUGUGAAGACAUAUUUCAAACUUUGUUCAAUGUUCUAUUGGUAAUUCUUGUCUCACUCUACUUUAAAGGUCGUAUCUACUGCAUGCACGAUGAUCGUUCCCUGUAUAUUCAGGGUAAGCCUCAGGGAGUCUCAGGCUAGCUGUGCUACAGGGCGGGGCUAUCUUCACCAGAUGUGAUACAGUGAGGGAAGGAAGUCUCAGGCCAGCUGUGAUGCAGGGAACAUCUGCCUGAGGCCUAGUGUGAUAAGUGGAAGGGACAGAUGCCAGCUAGGUGUGAUAUGGAGUGGGGGUGCGUGGGGGGGUCUCAGGCCCAGUGUGAUAAUGGGAGGGCAGUGUUUUACGCCAGCCGUGAUCUAUGGGCACUCAGACCAGGUGUGAUGUGGUGGGGCUAAGGGCAGGGGCAGUUCCACGCCAAGCCUGAUACAUGGGGGAAGUCUUUGCCCAGGUGUGAUAUUGAAAGGAACAGUCUGAAGCCAGGAGUGGUGCAGGGAGGGUAGCCAGACGCCAGGUGUGAGAAUGCAAGGGCAGUCUGCAGCCUUUUAUUGCAAAAUGUGAAACACCACAAUUCGUUUUCUUUGCCUUGCCCUGCACUGGUGUUUAUAGACAGUGAACAUCCCCCACCUCAAGGGCUCACACCUUGAUCACUUUGUCAUAAUGCUUCUCCCCCCCACCGCCCGGAUCCGAUCAACACCCUGCUUUGGUUGGUGCUUGCCUGAGCUUCUCUCGGAGCUCCCCCAUCCGGUGUGCCUCUUCCCUCGUGCCCAUGCUGUAAUGAUCUCCAGUCUUGGGUCCUCGCCUCCCGCCCCAGCCCCAUCCCUCCUCUGGCCCAGGGAGAGUGCUGCUGUGCUGUUCUACAUCUUGCUGAAAUUGCCCUGACGAGGAGGUUCCCUGUGUGUCGGGGUCAGUGUGGGGUCCCCUGGUGGGACCAGCUUACAAUGGCAUCCACGUUCAGAAUGGUUGGUGUAAAUGACUGGUAGAUUUCAGAGAUUCUUCUAAAAAUGCAAUCAAAUUAGAGUAUUUUUAAUCAAAUGCUAUUUUUUAAAAAUCUUAGCAGUUUGAAUUAAACAUGGUGUUAACAGAUUAUUUUUGAGAAUUGUAAUCUGUAAUAAAUGAAGUUCUAAUUCUAA